AAGUCAAUGGGUAACGUCAACUGUGUGCUUACCAUCAUGUAAAUAUGUCCCUAGAUUUUAACUUUUACAUGAAAAUAAAUCAUAUGGUACAUUGAAACCUGCAAGCACAGCAGUUUUGAAACUUUAAGCAAAAGUUUUGCGGUCAAGUUGGCAUGACCUGAAAAUAAGUUCAUAACACUCGAGGAUGUCAACGUGACCAGCAGAUGCCCGGGGUUUAAAACAAGAGCGAAGAUUGAUCCAGCCAUCAGUUCACACUGCACUGAAUCCAAAACACACGCUUAUGUUUAAUGCUGGUAAUGGUAACCAAAUUUUUCAUGUAUCCAACAACCUCUCCUUGUUUGACUCUGACUGUAUUCCUGACCUCUGUUACGUGGACAUCUACACUUACAGGAUGUCCUCGACAGAUCAACUUCACAUCAGAAUCCUCUGCUCUGGAGUCUUUGGAGUGUCGUAAUGACUACCGUACUCAUAUCCGCUGUAGCUGGAAGGAAAAUCCCCAUAUUCCCCUCUCUUUGUUUCACAUGGACCCGGACAACAAAAGAGUUGAUCCCUGUGUCCUGACUCCCGACCCUUCCCAGAAUUCCACUGGGCAUGAGAGAGUGUUUUGUCUUUAUAACACAUCUCUGUUUGCCAUUGGCUUUGAUGAUGUGUUUUUCUUUCAUACGCCACAUUCUCCUGCCAUCUCCAGAACCUUCAAACUCUCAAAACACAAUGACACGAAGUGGAUUUUUAACCGGCUGGACGUUAUAUCAUCUCCCAUGUAUUCAAGCGUUGCUUAUGUGAAGUCUCUUCUGACUGCCGACCCCAUCAGACAUCAUGACCAACAACAAACAAAAGUAGACAUUAAUCGUGAAGCAGAAGAGAAGCGAGAGAUGAAAAUUCACACUGGAUCAACAUUGAAAGACAAGGAAGACGUGAACAUGAUUGAAACGGAGGGAAGUGGGAUGUUGUUUGACAGACCAACACAAAUGUCUGACCAUGAGCUUCCUGGUCCAUCAAACUUUUGCUGUGCAUACAGUGACGAGAAGAUUUUGAGCUGUAGCUGGGACUUGACAACAGAUCUGACACAAUACAUCACUUACACGCUGUCUUACAAAACACACUCCAGUGCACUGACCGAGUGGCGAUGUGUGGAGAAGGUGGAGGUCAUGAAUACAGGGAGUCUGUUGAGAAUGGUCGGUCUUAUCGACAUCUUUGAACCUGGAGUACUGCAGGUGCAACUCACACCGACACCAGUAACCAGAGUCAUCCGCGCUUAUGAACACAUCCAGCCUUCACGUCCCACAGGUCUGAGUGUUGAUCUCCGAGAAGAGGAUUGGAUCCUAAACUGGACACUACCGAAAUAUCGUACUAUUCCUCUUUCAUCUGAGCUCCAGUAUUGGCGUAUACUAACUCCUGAGGAUGUAAAAAUCAUCUAUCUUUCUGAUCCAGUGAUGGUAUUUUCAAUACCAGAACGUUCCCUCAUGGGUUCCUCAGAGUACCGGGCUCGAGUUCGGUGCAGUGUGAGCACACGCAGACGUUCGGGACAACGUUACGCUGGAUAUCCCUCAGACUGGACCGAUCCUGUCACCUGGACCACCCAGUCCGAGUCUUUUGCGCCCCGUCUGGUUGCGUGCCUUCUGUAUUUCCUCAUCGCGGCGCUCUCGGUUGCCUUUUCUAUGUUAGUUUUCUUCAUUCUGGUUGUCAUGCAGAGAAGGCUUAGAGACUGGAGCGCUUCUCUUCCAUCUCCUGUUCACAGCAAAGUCUCUGAGGUGAGACAGCAUCCACAAAGCGAUCUCCUGGUGAGCUGUAGAGAACUAAAGGAUCCAGAUAUCACCAGCGUUCAUAUUGUGGAUGUUCAACCUCAGUUCUCCUCAAUUGACUCUGAAUCUGCCACGUUAGCUGAUGGCAGCAACCACUGGAGUCAAACCACCGUUGUGCAUGUUGGUGAAUCUUCACGUCUUUGUACUUUUGGGAAUGUUAUGGGAAUAAACCUCACGCAGUUUGACAAUGCACUCCUAACUCACGCAUUCAGUCUCAGCGACGCAGUUCUCCAAUGUUCAGAGGGUUACACGCAGAAUCCUGACACUACCCAGAAUGCUUUGCACCUGAAUGCUGAAAUGAAUGACAGGUACAUGAAUUGUCUAAAGCCUGGUUUGAGCUCAACCCAAGGAAAGAAAACACCUGUUCACCCCAUACAGAUUUAAACACUGAAGGAUUCCUUAACCUCUGUCCAGGAAAUUCUGAGGAGAGCUCACAACAAAUUCUGGUAGUUUGGGUGACUUUUUACUAGUGAUGCACCGAUGUAUCGGCCGAUUUUUGAUGAAUCUGAAACCAUCGGCAUAUCGGCAAUAGCACAAGAAAGGCCGAUACAAAUUGUUUAUUAAUUAACUGCAUGAAGAAAUCCAUUAUAUGUAAAAAAUUUGUUAAUGUUGUUAAUAAAAUAAAUGCUGAAUAGCAAAAACCACCUUUGAAGGUUGUCAUGCUGUCUUAUUAUAUUUGUUUUAGCUUAAUUUGUGCCUCUCUUAUUAUGUUGGUCAGUUGAAUGUUAAUUAGAUCCAAUCCAUGUUCAGUAAAAAUUAUUUGAUUCAGAAAUAAACUAGCUAAUAGACUGUAUAGGAUUGUAUACAAGUGUUUAAUAUCGGUAUCGGCAUCGGUAUCGGCCAGAAGUUGUCUGUUUAAAUCGGUGUCGGCCCAAAAAAAUCCUAUCGGUGCAUCCCUACUUUUUACUCAAAAAAUAUUUUAAAUUCUCUUGAAUUUGCUUUAUAAAUAAGUUCUGCAUAAUGUUAACUUUUAUCAUCUGCAAUAAAAUGUACACGGC